AUGAUGCCGACCGGCGACGACAGCUAUGGAGACCGGCGACUGUGCGAUGGCGGCGAGAACGACUGUGCGAUGGCGGCGAGGAGGAGGCGCAACAGAUGCUGGAGACGACGGCGGCAGCCGGCUGGAGAGGAGGGACGACGGUGGUCGGCUGGCUGGCUGGAGAGGAGGGAGAGCAACAACGGCUGUAGAGAGGGAGAGCUGCUCGCUACCCGGAAAACAGCCAAGCUCAAUCUCUGUCCAUCUCUCCGCUUCCUAGGUUUUAGCAAUCGUGAUUCCUGUGAUGUCCGUCACUUUGGCUGUGGAGGUGAUUGUGUGGAUCGUUUAUUUCGUCAAGGGGCAGAAGAAGUUCGCAGAGGUGUUGGAAGACUGGGAAGUUGA